CCAAACCCUGAAAUCCGGGGUCAUGGCACCCAGAACGCUACCCGCGGGACUCGAAAAGUAAGCGUUCUCCUUCGUCGAACGCAAUAACAAAUAAAUACUCACAGACAUUUUAUUUCAUUCGCUUUCUUUCAGCCUUCUGGAAGCGAUGAAAGGGAACCACUGCUUUCUAAAGGCAAAGGUCAAGAGGUAAAAAAAUGCUUAUGCCAGUAUUAGUUUGGCAUCAGUUUUCCUGUCUGGAAAACAAAAACAAUCAUCUGGUUAAAAACUCAAGUAAAUUAAGGCAUGGGUCAACAGCAAAAAAAUGAAGGGGGUGGUCUAUAAAUCAGGAGCCGAUAAGUAAUCGGCUCCUGAUAAUAUGAACUGUUUAACAUGAAGCACAAAAUACCAACAAAUAUUAUGAAUCACAAAAAAUUAUACUUCAGAACACACAAAUAUGAUGCAAAUUAGGACACGUGACCUUACUAUACAGCUCCACAAAGUCUGAAAAAUCUUUAAGAAAAAAGUGGCACGCUUUUUAGCAAGAGUUAUUUUACUUAACUGGUACAAGAAAAUAGAAAAUAUAAGCCGCUACAAAACUGCACUUAGCAACUUUGAAAUGUCUCAUUUAUUUUGAAAAUAAACGGCUUUUCCGACUAGUACCCCGUCUCCCAAUAGACUUUUCCUUUAACAUCUUGACAUUGCCAAGCGCAGAAAUGACAUAUCUAACCACAGGCAGCCCAAGCGCACUAUUUGUGGGUUCGGGCUAUAGUGUUCAGUACUCGAUGGAAAGAAAGUCGACUAAACGGCGUUUAAACCAGCCGUAGGACACAGAGUGGCUCUGAACUAAAGGUAAGGGAGCUUUCUGAAUCAAUAUUUCGCGUGAUCAUGAUUUUUUUUUCCUUAGCGUUGUAGAUUCGAAUACAUGUGAUAAAAUUCGAUCAAUAAGGGCCCGAAUUACAUGUAAUAAUGCAAGAAAUAUCGAUUUUCGUUAUCUUAAAGGCUACUAGUACAGAUAGACAAACAAGAAGACUUCAUAUCUUUAAGACUUUUUGCAUUUAUUUGGCAUCAGAUAAUACACUAAUAAUUCUAGUAUAUUCCGACCAAAUGACCUCUGAAGCCCGAACCCACAAAUAGUGCGCUUGGGCUGCCUGUGAUCUAACGGCCUUAAAAUCAUGAAAGCAGUAGGAAAAUUAAUGGAACAAGAAAAGUGUGCCCAUUUUAGUUCAAAGCUUUUCAGGGCGUGGCGAGACACAUGACCUCAUUUGCAUAUUUGGUGCAGGCCAAGAAGUAGACAAAAACUAGCAGUGUAUGUGUCUGACAAGUUCUCAACCUGCUAUUGCUAACGAAAGAUAGACCACCCCCUCACUUGUCGACUUAAUAACUGGCGACCCAUGCCUUAAUUAACUUGAGAAGCCUCUGCUUUCAUGAGGGCCCCUAGUUAUCAGUUUUGUUUGUAACUGUCAAGUGCUACCCUCUGUAAAUAAAGUCUCCACUCCAGUCCACUCUCCACGAGUCUCCUGUAGUUAUGUGGUAGAGCACCUGGACUAGUAAACAGAAGGUCAUAGGUUCGACUCCUGUUGAGAGAACUUGGAUCAGUUUUAUAUCUAGUCGCCUUUGUACUGAGUGAAGAGACAUCACUACUCAUCUUUAUCAACGGGCUGAAAAUUAAAGCGACCAAAUUUCAGCUUUCUAUCUUUCUUUCGAUUUGCCUUUCUUUAAGACCCUGAUUUAACAGAGUUAUAAUCAACUUUUUCAGAAACCACUAAGAAGCCCACUACUUAAAAACCAAAGAAAUGCUCCAGAUGGAACUGAAUCUGAUUACGAAGACAGCAUCCAUUCCCAGCCUACUGUUGUCCCUGACGUAGAAGUCAAACCUGCUCCACAGGAGCCCAAAGGUUCGGAAAACGAAUCCAACAGAAAAUCAUUGGGGAAGUCGAAAGGAGCCGAAAGUAAGCCGAAAGGCACGGAAGGCAAAUCAAAAGGCGCCGAAAGUAAGCCGAAAGGCGCCGAAGGUACUAACGAGAAGAAGAGCAAACUUCUUGACUUCAAAAAGUUCGACAUUAUUGAGCUAGACUGCAUCUUUGACGAUUUCAAAACAACGUUUGACCCAUUUGUUCAAAACCGUGAAGAUUUAGAAAAGAGUGAGGACUCCUUUAGGAAAGCUGUGCAAUCCUUUGGAGAAAUCCACCCCAAGGCAAGCAUCGGUGAAUAUGUAGCUGCACUAAAGACGAAGCUUAAAGAUGAGAAGAUAACAGUGAAGAUAAAGCAAGGCGCUUUGACCAUCUACGAACAGGGCGGGGCAAUAGUAAAAGGGAUUUCGGAUGCGGUUACUGCUGUUAAUGCCAUUCUUAAAUUGGGGAAAGAUUUGAAAGCGAUGCCGCUGACUAUUCAAAAGGGAAGCGAUGACGCCGUUAACCGGGCAGAAGGCCUGAAUGUUCAGGACAUUUUAAAGCGAGAAUUUAAGAGUGUUUGGGAUUUCGGAAAGAUUCCGAAACUGAAAAAAGCGUUCAGCAACAAUGUGGAACAGAUCAGAGGUGCUCCUAAAAUGGUGCGAGACUUCUACCGCAAAACGAAACAGAUCAUUUUGGAAAUUUAUCAUGCGUUUGCUGAUGAAGAAGAUAAAAAGAAAAUGCAAGAGGAUCUGGCCGAAGGUGAUGAGGGCGAAUCGAAUGAAGAGGAGACAUCAGAGGGGAAAGGAAAGAAAAAGGAUGAGGGCGGCGCUACUGGAAAAAGUGAAAAAAAGAAAGAGAAGAAGAAAGAUGAAUUCCACAAAAAGUUGAAGUUUGAAUCCCUGGGGCUUGAUGAUAUCGACAGCGUGUUUAUUUCACUAGCCUCAGCCAUUAAUCCGUUCGUGGAGACACGUGAACGCAUUCAAGCCGCGCGGGAAUCCUUUGAAAACGUCGUGAAGACCGUUUGCAAGUUUGAUGCAAAGAAGGAGUUUAAGGAUUACAUCAAGGAGUUGAAAAAGAACGCCAAGGAGGGAAACAUAACAAUCUACAUCGACGAGGAGGAUGGUGAAAUAAAGGUGAAGUCCAUUAAAGGAGUCAAGCCUCCUAAGCCUUACCGUGAUGCGGUAGAAGCACUCAAGAACAUAAAGCUCUCUGGAAAAGAAGCUGUGGAACUGGAACCGCACGUGCAGGACGGCGUUGAAAAAUGCGUGAACAGAAUAAAAGCAAUUGAUCCGCAGCGCGACUUCCAUAGCCUCCUCAAGACAAAGACAGCUGUGUUCUCACUGCCAGGCAAGAUAAAGAAAUUCAACGACAAUCGGAAAAAGGCGCAGGAGAUUCCAGGCAUUGUCAAAGAAUUCUGUUUAUAUGUGGAACAGCUUGUCAGAGAUAUACUGGAAGCUCUAACGGGUGAAAAGGAAGAGAUAGAAGAAAAGAAAGAAGACAGCGACGGCGAAAAUUGCGACGGUGAGCGAAAAGGAUCAGAGGAAACAAAAGCAGAGGACAAAGGCGAAAAGGGCGAUGACAUGGAAAGAAAAGACGAAAGCACUGACAAAGUGAAAGGCCAGUUUGGCGAAAAAGAAGACGAGAGUUUAGAAGCUCAGGUCGAACCAGAGAAGAACGAGUAUGAAGCUAGCGAGCAUGUCAAGGGUGAGGAGUUUGAGAAGUCUGGCGAGAGAAGGGAUGAAUACGGUGGCGAAAAGAAAGUCCAGGAAGGCGAAAAAGAGGACUAG